AUGACUGAUCGCCCCUACAAACGUCAGCGGAAAUUAACCCCCUAUUCGUCAGCUCAGAACGCUGAAUCUGAGACAAAGAAUAACCAGACAGGUCUUCAUCACGCAUCUUCCAGAGAAAAAUUGAACGACAGUGAUAAUGACAUAAUAGAUGAUGCCUAUGAUUCUUACGAUGAGUUAUUCACUCAACACUUCGUGGAUGAAGAGUUUGUAGCACAGGACGUGCCCAAAACUCAAACGCCUUGUCGAGAACAGUCACCCACGCAAAGUACAAAUGGUGCGUGGAAACAUACCAAUUCUCGCAAACGCUUUGUCGUCUCCGAUGACAAAUGUAAAAACCUAUCGUCAAUUAUUCAUCAGGACUGCAUAUUGCCAUGGGCCCAGCAGUACCCCCCUACAACCUUGGACGAGUUGGCGGUCCAUAAAAGGAAGGUUUUAGACGUGCAAAAUUGGUUUCGUGACGCUUUUGCGGGGAAUCAAGAGCGUAGACUCCUCGUCCUUCGAGGCCCUGCGGGAAGCGGCAAAACGACCACAGUAAACUUAUUGUCCCAAACGCUAGGGUUUGAUAUACUCGAGUGGAAGAAUCCUCCAGUUUCAGAAUUCGCUACGAAAGGAUAUGUAUCUGUUGCUGUUCAGUUUGAGGAGUUCCUUGACCGUGGGAAUAAAUUUAGAAAGCUUGAUUUGGACGGUGUUGCUGACUGUCCGCAUGGUGGGCAAGCCUCCAACAGUCGCUAUACUCAGCAGCGUAUCAUCUUGAUUGAAGAUUUGGCUGCAUUCAGAUUAUCCUUACAGCGAUAUCUUGCUAAUGGACCCCCACUGCACUCUAACGGACUUCAUCGGAAUAAAGUCAAAGUUCAAACUAGCUACCCUAUUGUGAUAAUUGUAUCGGAGACCCAUCUCACUUCGGGAUCUUCUUCUGAAAGGCUUUUCAAUCAUCCCAGCACAGCCAUCAUUGAGUUUAACAGCAUUGCCCCAACAUUUAUAUAUAAAGCUUUGAAAUUGAUUCUAGACAAAGAGUCCCGUCAUUCCAAGCGUGACAAGAACCCAGGCCCUGCUAUACUGCAGAGCAUAUCCCGAUCAGGAGACAUUCGAAGUGCAGUAGCCUCCCUGGAAUUUCUCUGUCUUGGCGUGGAGGAGCGGGGGCCUCGCCAUAAUCUAGUCACUCAGAGAGAAGCUACUCUAGGAAUAUUUCAUGCUGUCGGGAAGAUCGUAUACAACAAACGAGACGAUGCGAAUUUUGCAGCCGAAGACUUUAGAUUGCCGUCACCACCAGACCAUAUGUGGCAUCAUGACCGACCAAGGGUCUCGCAAGUUCCUGUUAAUGAGCUUGUGGAGGAGACAGGAACUGAUACGCAAACUUUUAUUCGUGCCCUGCAUGAGAAUUACGUACCAUCUUGCGAUGGUUCGUCGUUUGUGGAUUGUGUCGACGCAUGCAUAGGCGCUCUUUCAGACAGCGAUGUCUUACAUAUCGACUAUAGAAGGAUUUACGGGGCCCGUACGAAUACCAGCGCCAGUGUCGAUAUACUGCGACAGGAAGAUAUAAGUUAUCAAGUUGCUGCUCGUGGUUUACUUUUUUCUCUUCCUCACCCAGUGAAAAGGCGUAUAGCAUCAUCAAGCUGUGCAGGUCGACCGAACGAUGCUCAUAAGAUGUUCUUUCCGAGCGGGUUGCGGCUGAUGCGAGAAGAGGAGGUAAUCGGAGGGCUCGUGAAUAUAUGGAUAACAAAGUUGCUAAAUCCACUCGGUGGGAUGUUGUCAGGCUUAGGUCUUGAAAUGACCCCAUCAUCAAGAAAAUGCCGCCCAGAGCGAGAUGAUCAUGGCCAUGACCAAGCGGGAAUCGUGACGAUGAUACCCCGUGAAGAUUUGUUGCUCUACCAGCUGCCAUACAUGGCGAAGAUUCAUCGCGGCGAGGUCGAAAUCAGCCAGCUGCGAAGGAUUACCUCUUUCAAUGAAACUGGAUACGCAAGCGAUUACCUUGGAGAUGACGUUCAUGACUCUGACGAAAGCCACUUAGGCUCUACUUCUGCUGAGAACUCUCGAAUACCACAGUUAGGAGACGUCAAAUAUCACAACAAAAGCAACGCUUUUGGGCCCCGGCUGCCACCUAGUUAUGAGCAAGAGGAGACGCUUGUUCUGAGCGACGACGAUAUUAUGUCCAAUCGAAAUGCCAGAACCUUAGUUAAGAGGAGCAACGACAACAAAAAUACAUCGCCAUGUGUGAAGGUGGAAGGGGGUUUACGCAAGGCUAAUGCAAACCUUGUUGGACCCAAUGCACACAAGGGCUCAUAUGCAAGCUUAGGUAGCAUAACGACUGCAGCGACUUAUGCUACCCUUCCUGGCUGGACAACUAUAGCCUUGAUGGUCUCUUUGAUUUUUGGCGGUUGUUGUGCCAAUGUAGUGUACACAGCCUUCUUUGUGACUGUCAACCUUCUAAACAAUUGGGCCUUUGCUUACAAAAUUUCUGUCCCAUUACAUAUUAUUCUAAGAUCCGGGGGCCCCGUGGCGUCCAUGGUCAUUGGAUAUGUAUUUAAUGCUAAGAAAUACUCACAUGGCCAAAUUCUCGCAGUAGCUAUGCUCACUAUAGGCGUUAUUGCUGCAGCAUUAGCUGAUGCUCAUACGAAGGGUCAACCAAUGAGCAUUGGUGAUCAACGAAACGAUUCCACCACGGCUAACACAUUGAUCGGUUUCAGUAUUCUUGCCCUAGCAAUGGUCCUCUCAGCUUUCCAAGGGAUCUACGCGGACCGACUCUACGAGUCUUAUGGCAGAAACCACUGGAAGGAGGCCCUUUUUUAUUCGCACACACUCUCAUUGCCGCUCUUCAUACCAACUUACCCACACCUUUUGGCUCAAUGGCGGACAUUGCUGUCAUCGCCCUCCUUGCUUUCUGGAAUUUAUGCUAUCGCCAAGAGAAAUGAUUCCAUCUUGAGCUCCCCAGUGCCGUUUGGCACUGAACUAGCUGCUCCUUCAAAGACAUCGUUCGUGGAUUCAGUUCCCAUGUCAAUCAUCAGCACCACCACGCACCUCCUGGCAGAGCUCGAACACUCCAAGCCUAUUCGGCUUAUUUUAACCUGUAUCCCAACGCAGGUAUUCUAUCUUUUAAUGAAUGCCUUCACGCAGUAUCUGUGUAUCCGUGGGGUCCAUCUGCUUUCUGCGAAAUCAUCCUCGCUGACGGUCACCAUUGUGCUGAACGUUCGAAAGCUCGUCUCAUUAUUGCUGUCUAUCUAUCUGUUUGGAAACAAUCUUGCACCAGGUGUGCUUGUCGGGGCCAUAUUCGUUUUCGUGGGGGGUGCUUUGUAUGGUUUUGAAGGCGCACGCUUGAGGAAGAUAUCUAUCAAGAAAGACUGA